AUGGUCAUGAAGUGUGUUUCUUCCUCAAGCCGUUGGCGCAUUUACGCAGUUGUCGUUGAUAACACGGGUAAUUUUCAAAUACGCCAAACUACUUUGAAGCACACUUGCUCUGUUGACGCUACGAGAAAUUACCACCGGCUAGCCACUACUCAGGUCAUAGGCGAGUUAAUGCAAAGUAAGUUUGUUGGCUUUAAGAGAGGUCCAACUCUAGCUGGAAUAAGAAAAAUAAUGCUUGAUGAGUUUCACGUUAAUGUGUCAUACUGGAAAGCAUGGCGUGCUCGUGAAAUAGCUAUGGAAAAAGCACAUGGUUCAAUGGCUAGAACGAAGCUUCGGAAGUUUGGCCGCGCGCGGAGGAGUUCCCGACGUCCAAAAGUUACGAUCUUGAUAUGGAAAGAUAGAUACUUGAGUCAUGCAUCACGUCGAAGUGGAAUGAAGCCAUUUGGAUCAACUAUGAGGCCGGAACUUAUUUUCUACCGAGACAUGUCCGGUAAGCGAGCAAACGAAGCCCAUGGAGGAUUUGGAGUGUCUAAUGGCCCGAGCAGCAGCGCCAAAGGCCUUGAUCGAAUAGAGAAGAGGCCUGGCUAA